UUUAUGCAUUGUUAGAGAAAAGGGAUGAACAUCAAGCCAUUCAAGAAACUCCAUCUUUUUCAUUCUUUACUCAUAUUCAAUAUCAUAUUAUGUUCUUCUAUACCCCAAAAUAAUCAUGUGAACUACUGUGAGAAUAUCAGAACUCAAACACCUUUCUUGAAUUCAAAUUUUUCUAUAUUUGGGAGCAUUACCCUUUGCACCUCUCAGAAUCUCUACUUCAGAACAUCCCUUGGCCUUUUUGAGGUUUCAUCAAUUGACUAUACUGGUAUAUUACUAACCAUCACUCACUCAUCUUGUUCCUCUCUCCAAUAUGUUUCUCCUCUGGCUAUCACAGCUGGUUUUCCUUCUCCAGAACCUAACUCACUUGUUCUCUUCAAUUGCUCAAGUAGAAAAGAACCAAUUUUACCAUUCAUGAAAAAUUGUAGAGACUUGUAUAAAUGUGAAGGUGCUACUUCUCCAUCUUUUAGGACUCAGGAGCAAGAGAAAUAUCCUUAUUCAUGUUUAGUUGUUGAAGAUCUGCAAAAAGUGGAUAGUGAUUUUCAUCCUGAACAUUUGAACUGUUCUCAUUAUAGUUGGGUGCAUAGAAGUACAUCACAUGGUGGACAUAACAAAGGAUAUAAGGUGGGAACAAGGAUAUCUGUUGAUAUUCCACGUGUACCAGAAAUUUGUAAAGGGUGUGAAAAUCCUAAUGGAAGCUGUGGUGCUGGGUUGAAUUGUUUAUGCCACCCAAAAGAGUGUAAAGACAAGGUCAUCUCCAAGGCUAUGUCCAUAAAAUCUACUGGUAGUGUUUUUUCCUCUUUUCUUUCUUUUAUUGGUUCAGUUACAGUAGGCUUCUUCAUGUAUGUGUAA